CUGGCUAUUUACUUGUCUCCGGUGAAAAGUGACGGACGUGUCCAAACUGGGUCUGUGGAGUGAAAACCUAAUUUGAGAAGCACGUGGCUGUGAAAAGCACGACAACGAGGGUGAAGAGAAAGAAGAGAGCGCACGUGUUUGCAAAAAUUUGAUUGACUUUGGAGUUGGAAACAGUGCGUUUCGUUGCGAAGAGACAAGUGGAGUUGCAGCAGCAGCAGCAGUUUGCAAAAUGAACUUUAUUUUUCUGUUGGCGCUAUGCCUGUCAUGCGCCGUCCUUCAGUCGGGCGCGAACCCGAUGAAGAUCAGCAAACCCAAGGCGCUGAUCACGAGCCGUUCGGACACGGUUGAUUUGACCGUUCCGCCCGUCAAGGAACCUGCUGUGGCAGAAGCUGCCGCGACUCCAGUUGCAUCCGCCAAACAACCCGCCACGCCGCACUACCUGAUCCACGUGGUCCCGAAGGAGCAGGACGAGUUCGAACGUCUGAUGGAUUUUUUCGCAGUUGGGGAGAUCGCUUCGCCAAGCGGGUCAGCAGCAUCUCCCCAAACCAACUCAUACGGUUCCUAUGAGCCCCGACAGGACGAUCUGACGGAGCCGCUGCUGCCGCCGCCGGUCGAGCAGUCCGAGCCGGAUUACUACGCCGAGAAGCCAAAGAAGAGCAAGGGCAAGAAGUACGUGCCGAACCAGAAGCUGGUGAACAUCAAGAGCGCCGAGAACAUCGAGAAGAUCGAGAACGAAAAGUCGCGGCUGAACAAUCCGCAUGCUGGUGAGAUCGACGAGGCGUACUUCCUGGACGGACUUGAUCUGGACAAGCUGCUCGCUUCGGCCUGGUUGACGGCCGCGGAUGCCGAUGCGGAAGCUACCUCGGGAAGGUCGCGCGAGCUGCACGCUGAGGAGCUGAACACCGGGGAGUUCUUCCCGAGCCAGCAGCGACGAGUGGACGAGAACACCCGGAGGUUGCCGAACGAACACGAAGGUGCCCGAGUUGAUUAUCAGUUGCACGGCCACAAAGGGCCGGACAGUUAUGCGUUUGGAUAUGACACGGGUAGCGGGAAGAAUCGGCAGUUUCACGUAGAGGAGCGUGACGACCACGGAAACGUGCGAGGUCGCUACGGAUACUUUAUGAAGAGCGGAAAGUUCCGAACUGUAAGCUACAGUUCGUCCCCUGAAAAGGGCUUUCGGAUCGAGAGCUAAGAGUGUGCAAUUUUUCUAGUUAUUUAUUGUUAUUGUACAAAUUUUUAAUAAAAAGAAAUAAAAUUUCUCCAACCAA